AUGGCAGACAUCAAAGAGAUCAUUGACUUAUAUGCAGAAAUACCUACUUUCCAUCCUGAUUAUAAACCUAUUAUAGAUAAAAUGCCACCAAGUCUAGUCAAAAGAGCUUUUGAUCAAUUACUUAAAAUAAAGUGCAAUCCCGUUUUGCCAAAAGACAUUACAGAAAAAAGUAAUCAGAUUGAGCAAUAUUUGCGUAAUAAAUUAAUUGUUUAUGAACAAGCAAAAAAUCAAAAGGCUUUUGUCUAUAGUAUGGAUACUGAAAUGCAGAUAGAGGAUGUAGUUUUUCUAAUAAAGCAACUCAAACAGAUUCUUUGGAUAAAGCAACCCAAACAGAAGAUAUUGAUUUCUUAA